UUAGUUUCACUUCCGCACUACGCUUCUGUCUGAACCCUGUUAGCUUCUUUAAUGGCACUACAUACAUUUCGAGAGAAAGACUGUAAAUGGUACUAAACUGAUACAUCUUCAGUUUAAUUCUCCGAUCCCCACGCGGAUUAACUUUAUUUAUUCUAUGAUUGAAAAAAAAAACGGGUUUAAUGUCAUUUAAAUGUACCAGGAAGCGACGUUAGCGUGAGGAAGCUCAUUGCAACUUAGACUGACUACAGUUUAAACAUUCUGCUUGUGUUAAACUCUCAAAGAAAGACGCUCAAUUUACAGUAGAAGAAGUCAUGAAGGCUUUCAGAAUUCCCAGACGAGGGUCCAUCUUGGUGUGGACCUUCAUGAUUCAGCUGGUCUUUUGUUGGAGUGUUGUGUUCGCCACUGAUGGCACCAAGGCCUGCAAACUGCAGUCUGAGUCUGAUUCAGAGAGGAAGGUCCUAAGUCGAUUAGAGCCACUCGCCAACAUAGAAUUUGCAGCAGAUGUUACAGAUGACAAAGAAAGUUACACGUAUGUGUUCAAGUUGUGUGGAGAUGCAAGAAAUGUUACAGGAGCUGGAGUCAUUCAAAUAGACAAGAAAGACACCAAAAAGAAACCAAAAGUGAUUGGCCUGUAUAACUCUACAAGGGCUUUGGGAGGAAGUGACUGGGUGAUGUUGAUCUACAAUGAUGGUGAACCUUAUGAUAGCCACUGCUCCAGUGAAAAGAGGAAAGCUAUUAUUAUGAUCUCUUGCAACAGGAAUGCAAAUAUGGGUAAGCUGGAAGUGGUUCUGGAGGACAGGAAUCGGAGCAGUGAAUGUUUCUACCUGUUCGAGUUGGAUUCCAGCGGAGUGUGUCCAGUCAUUGAGUCGCACCUUAGCACUGGCUCGAUAAUACUCAUCAUCGGUUUCUGCCUUCUGGCUGUUUACCUCAUUGGUGGUUUCCUCUACCAGCGACUAAUUGUUGGAGCCAAAGGGAUGGAACAGUUCCCCAAUUACGCUUUUUGGGUGGAAGUGGGGAAUCUGUCAUCAGACGGUUGUGACUUUGUGUGCCGAUCCCGGAAUCGAGAGGAAGCUCCAGCUUACAGAGGAGUGACCACAGACGCCUUAGUAGAAGAGCCAGAAGAAAGAGAUGACCACCUACUACCUAUGUGACCAUAGCAUGUCAAAAACAGGAAUUUUCACUGUGUGACAGGUUACUUUUUUCAGCUUAGACAAAGUUUUUGGUAUACAUAGGUCUGCUUUCUUUUCCCAGUUUAAAUCAGCCCCCGCUGACACUUCCACCUCUGUGAAGUAGGAGGUUAUGACACCUAUAGGGCAGAUAGAUUUGUCUCCUGUAACUAAUCUCAUUAUAUAAACUAAUUAGUCACCCAAGAUUGCAAAGUCACAGUAAGGACCCAUUCAUGGAAAUCUGGCAGAAAAAAGGGAGGGAUUAAGAACUUGAAUCUCUGCAUGAUGUUAACUUGAUUGUUUUUUCUGUCUAGCUAGGUAUUGUGUAGAUUCAGCAAGGUGUUUAUCUUGGGAUAAUGCUUGCUGCACGUUACAUAACACCAGUGAUUUUGCUUUUGUAAUUUGGCUUUAAUCAGUUUGUUUCUUUUGACAGAUAUGUGAAUGUAAAUGUUGACUGUGUUCAGCGACUGUACUUACACCAAAGCUAAAGUGAUUUAGAUUUUUGUUGGACAUCAUUCUUUUCCAAACUAUAGAAUAUGAAAACUUUUUACGACAUUUCUAAUAUCCUCUUAAAAGAUUGCAUACAGUACCUUGACAAUUGCAAAUGUUUAUCAUGGUGGUGGGCAAAGCCAUUAAAUUAGCUAAUUUAGUCUCAGAAACAAAGCACCAACCUUAAAUGAAAAUUUCAACCCUUCAUUUCUUACAGUGAUAGAAAAUCAGAAAUAUAUAUAUAUAUAUAUAUAUAUAUAUAUAUAUAUAUAUAUAUAUAUAUAUAUAUAUAUAUAUAUAUAUAUAUAUAUAUAUAUAUAAAUUCUUCCAUUAAUAAUUUAUUCU